CGAGAAAGCAGGGGAAAAGAUAGGAAAAGAGAGAAUAUAUUUAAUUUCUCCCUCGUGCGCAUCAGUCCCCCGCUGGAUAUGAUUGGGACUCGGCCGAGUCCAACUAUGGAAGUCAUCAAAGUGGGGAUGAGACUAUAUAAGCAUCUUGGGGUAGGUCGUCAAAGAACGAAUCCUUCGAGGAUGCGCGUGUGGUCAAAUACGCAUGUUCUCGGUUCUUAAUUCUUGGUUCUUAAUUCUCGACUCGAUCGUCGCACGGUGAUUGACAUAGCAAGACGAAAAAAAAAUGAUUAUUACAAUGGCAUUACCUGUCGUCAUCGUUAUUCUGUCGAUGAGUAGAAGAUUCAAACUCUUCUUUUAUCGAUGGGAAAAUGCAUUUGCAAAUGCAAUAUAAAUGAGACGCAUUCGUCUUUCGUCCCAUUGCCUGUUUGGUUCCUAAAGCUUGAGCAAACUCACACGGCAGAUGGUCUUCCUUUUAUCUGGCGUGUCUACCGGUGUGUUCGUGUGUAUCAGCGAGUUUUCGAUCGAGUGAGAAUGAGUCAAACCUUAGCCAAAGAUCCGGAGCCUGUAAAUUCGUUGGCGCAAUGUGAAAUGGCCAUCAAGAAGAUCGAACAGGAAGAUCGCGCGACAAUCGUGGACGAUAGCCCUUCCAGAUUGUAUUUCACAUGGCUGUCUCAAGAAUGUGAAAUGCGAGCUAGCGCGGAGUAUAUAAUCAGAAAAUAUACAUUUUUCAAGAACGGCACAUUUUUUCUGUUACGUUAUCACUACGCCGAAGAGUCAUGCAGCAUAGCGACGCAUACUGUCAUAAUUCGGGGUUCUAUCAAGUUGCUAAGACCGUCGGCCAUUGUUUCUGGAGCUACCGAAACAAGAUUUCACGUGGACGUUAUUAGCAUCAUACCUUUAAAUCGACAGGUCGCUCAUAAGUUUGGGCAUAGAUUGAAUCUGACUUGCGGUCCCCAACCGAGAUGGCGUUCUUACGUGCCUCAAGUGAUUUAUGAGCAACAGUCGCGACAACGUUCAGCGACGCCGCAGUGGCAAGGUCCGAUCUAUAAUUCCUUACAGGCUCACUCAUACACGAAGAGACGGCUCGGUACAAACUGCUUAGAAUUUUUUGGGAUCGAAUUUGCCGAAUUGAGAUUACUCAGCGUGCAGAAAAGGUCGUUGGAAAGCUUGUCUCCCAGCAAUCGAUAUCACAGAUCACUUUCGCAAUUUCAACUUUUUCUAGCCAGUUCCCCAUCCAAUCUUCACUCUCGCUGGAAUUAUAAGCCGACCUCGUUGCAGUCGACAGCGAUGGUUCGCGCCGACACGGCGAGAGAUUGCCCGAUAUGCAACGGCGUGUCUCGAAGCACCGAAUUCAGUCCGCCUCUUCUUCACCAAGCAGCGGCUCUACCCGCGUUGAUCGGCGGUUACUGGCACAGCGAGAGAUGCGAAAACUCCGAGGGCGGCAUCUGGCUCAAACGUCAAUUUCAGAUACACUCGGGAGAUAAAUUGUGGACCGGUCGAUGGGAUUAUUACGAUGAUCCACGAUGUACGAUGUUUCUAUACGCGAUAACCGCGGCCGGAAGUUAUAUCCAGCGAGCCGGAAGACAGAGGCAUCACGAAGAGAUCGAUCGAGAGACUUUCCAGGGCCACUUUUCCUUGUUCGAAAGAAGCCUGAUCGCUUCGCCGGAUACUCGCACUAUCCGAAACAUAAAUCUCGAUCGAGACAACUUGUACGUCACGAGCAAACUGAGAGACGAAAAGUCAUCUGUUACAGAAACAACGAAUAAACAGGUACGAAGACAGAGAAGAUCGCUAAACGAUAGCAUUCAUCGGCUCUUGCGCGACGAGCAAUCCAUAAUACAAUUGAGAUUCGCGGCGAUGUUGCGAGGUCAUCAGACGUACGAGAUUACUACUAGAAAACCGUUCCCCGUCUGGAGCACUCUUUCCGGUGUCACAGAGCUGGAUUUGCACAUUGUCGAGAGUAUUUUGAUUCCUGGAAACAUCGCAGUCUCCACUCGUUGUAACGCCGAUCGAUUCGGGGUGUCAAUUACCGUCUGGCCAAGAAAUUGUGUUCCUCGUGCUAUCGAAGCGCCUUCGACAUUGGGAUUGCGGGCCAAACUAGCCAUUAAUUGGAACGGUCAAUACAUUCUGCUGUUGGGAGACGAUACGACGUGGGAGGCUUCUCUACGACAAUGUAGUCAGAUUCCACCCCACAAUUCCAUUCUACGAGCGCGACUACAAAAAAGCGUCGGUCUUCGCUUUGGAUUAUUCUCUUCAGCGUUGACGAAUCGGAUUUCUAUUUGGUUUCUUUUACUGCGAAUCUUACUGUGCUAUUACCUUAUAUGAUGAUAUCAGGCGUAAUCGCGAAAUGUUAUCUUUGUCAAGCGAAAUGUUAUCUUUUUUAUCAGAGUUUGAAAAAGUGGUUUGAUGUGUAUACACACACACACA